GCUUCCUGUGUAUUUGUGUUGGCCGCCUCCGUGUCCUCGCUCCUCUCUUCUCUUCCUUCCACAGCAAGCGAAGGCAAAUUGAGAAACCCUCCUCCCCUCACCGAUCCCCUCUCUAAUCUCCAUGGCGCAAGACGAGGUCCCGGAGCCCUCCUCCCCCUCCCCCUCCUCGCCGGCGACAGCGGCUGGCCGCCUCAACGCCGCCGCCCCCGAGUUCACCCCCCGAUCCGCCGCCCAGCAUCAAGCCAACAAUAAUCCCAAUCGCCGCGGCGGCCAUCACCAUCACCAGCACCAGCACCAGCACCAGCACCAGCACCAGCACCAGCACCGCCACCAUGGCCACCACGGCGAGGAAGAGGGGGAUGCCGUGGCCGUGGUGGAGAGGGACGCGCAGCUCGUCAUCCACGAGGAGCUGGCUCGCCGGGUCGUCAAGCAGGUUGAGUUUUACUUCAGUGAUAUCAAUUUGACUACAACUGACCAUCUGAUGAAGUUCAUUACUAAAGAUCCAGAUGGAUUUGUGCCGAUGUCCGUAGUUGCAUCCUUUAGGAAAAUUCGGGAAUUAAUUACUAGGCCCUUGUUGCCUGCUGCAUUACGCACAUCAACAGAGCUGGUAGUUUCUGAUGAUGGGAAGAUGGUUAGACGCCGAGUGCCCUUCACUGACUCGGAUUCUGAAGAAGUGCAGUCACGCAUUGUUGUUGCUGAAAAAUUGCCUGACGAUCAUCGACAUCAAAAUCUUAUGAGGAUUUUCUCUGUUGUUGGGAGUGUGAAAUCAAUACGUACUUGCUAUCCACAAGUGGUUGAUGUUUCUGGACCUGCUGCCGGCAAAGCAUCAAGGAUUGAGAUGCUUUUCGCCAAUAGACUGCAUGCUUUUGUGGAGUAUGAAACUGUUGAAGCUGCUGAAAGAGCGGUUGCUGAGUUCAAUGGUGGGAGAAACUGGAGAGAUGGGCCUAGAGUUCGCUCGCUGCUUGGUGUCCUGAAACAUGGGAUGGGCCAAGGAAAAAAAGGUGGAGAUGAGGAGGCUGCAGAGGAAGAUGAUCCUGACACAACUGGUCAUCCACAAGAGUACGAAACAGAAGACGCUGCCCAGGCUGAGGAUGGGUUCUAUGACAAAGCUGGGAUGAGGAUCGGGAGAGGCCGAGGACGUGGAGGAAGAGGCCGUGGCCGGGGCCAGUACCACGGGCAGAGCCGGGACGGUGAUCACCCCAUUGGCACUCCGCCGUCGAAUCACAGCUCGGAGCAUUCUGUGGUGCCAAAGCCACCUCCUGGCCCGCGUAUGCCAGAUGGCACAAAAGGAUUUACCAUGGGGCGAGGGAAGCCGCCGCAGAUCAUCCCUAGCAAUGAUGUUUAAUGUCAAUGACUCAGUGGUAGAGUGUUGCCCUGUUCUAUGGCGGGACUGGCAGAAACAGUGGAUGUUCUAGCUUAGAUGCUUCAUGGUUCCAUUUUGAUGUGAUGCUCCGAUGAGAAAACAUAUUAUUAUACCUGGCACAUGCAUGUAUACUGCUGGGCAUGUGGACCUGUCUUUUGACCUCAAGUUCUUAGUUGGAACUUGAAAGUACGAAAUCAUACUUCAGUACUUAACAAA